GUGGAAGGGAAUAAAAGAGUGGCGCACAUGGUGCAUCGCCACUGGUGCGGCUACCCCUGCCACUCGAACACUCAACACUGCUCUCUCCAGGGAUAUACAAAUGCAAGAAUGUCGAGAUGUUUGGGCAGUCAACGGUCUCGAGGAUCCAGGGGCAUCGAAGACUAGCAAGCAAGACAAAGACCAUUUCGAAGAACAAGACCCGCGAGUCGAAGGGUGUCUCCCUUGGAAGACUAAUAACAAGGCCAAGUCUGCCUCAAAGGGCGAGGCUCCUAGGUCAAAGGACAUCACCAAGGCACGCAAGAAUAACAAGGCCAAGACGAGCACAAAAGGUAGCACCUCAAAAACCAACAAAGCUGGUAAAAGGCUGAGAGCCGCAAGGACCACCAACUCAAAGAACGUCACCUCAAUGCCUAAAUCCGGCGCUUGGAAGACUACCACUGGAUCUUAG